AUGUUGUCAGGCGUAGAUGACAUUGAGGAAGGGAAGGUGCUCAUCAAGGAAAUGAUAGAGUUACUGCAAUCAGCUGGAUUUUCGUUACGAAAGUGGAAUUCUAACAGCAAGGAAUUGCUGUCAGAGGUGCCGGUGGAUUUGAGGGACGAACACUCGAUUUUAGAAUUGGAUUCUUCGAGCUCGUCUGUGAAAACGCUGGGUUUAACCUGGGAACCAAGCACAGAUUCCUUUCGAUUCAGUUCGCCGAUGUGGAAUGAAUCAACGGAGAUAACGAAGCGUUGUGUCCUAUCAGAUGCGUCCCGACUGUUUGACCCUUUGGGACUGGUAGGACCAGUAAUAAUUCAGGCGAAGAUCUUUCUGCAGGAUCUCUGGAAGCAAGACUGUGGAUGGGAUGAUCCACUCGAACUGCAGUUACAGGAGUACUGGCGAGAGUACAGGCGGAACUUAGCAAGCUUAGACGGGAUAGCAGUACAUCGAUGGAUUGGAAUAAGCCGUAUCGUCGUAGCAGUAGAGCUGCAUGGCUUCUGUGACGCCUCGAACAAAGCGUACGGAGCAUGCGUAUACGUUCGCACUACAGCUAUAGAUGGAAGCGUGGCAGUACAUCUUCUGACCUCCAAAUCUCGAGUAGCUCCACUCGAAAAUUUGAAGAAAAAUAAGAAAACAUUAUCGACUCCUCGCCUGGAACUAUCGUCAGCAUUGCUCCUAGCGCACCUCUACGAGAAAAUCGUCAACAGCAUCAACGUUACUGCCAAAUGCUUCUUUUGGGCAGACUCAACCAUCGUCAUUUGCUGGCUUUCGUCGUCGCCAUCUAGAUGGAAGCAAUUUGUGGCAAACCGUGUUUCCAAAAUCCAACACAUAACGAAGGGAGGAAUUUGGAAUCACGUCGCAGGAGAGGAGAAUCCUGCGGAUAUUAUUUCAAGAGGCAUGACCCCAGUGCAGCUGCAGUACGAUCCACGCUGGUUUCACGGGCCUUGCUGGCUGAAGUUAGAUCAGCAGUACUGGCCCAAAGUGCUAGAAAUCGAUGAGAACAAGUUGAACAUAGCGGAUCUGGAGAGUAAAGCCAUUGCAGCAGCCCUUCCAACCGUCAGUCCGAGUGAAAUUUUCGGCCUUCGAUCGUCUCUGGUAGAUCUUGUGCGACUGACUGUCUAUAUUCAACGGUUUAAAUGGAAUUCGUCACCAGUGAAUCAACUCUGCAGGAAGGUGGGCUACAUCACUUUCCAUGAGUACAGCGAUGCGAUCAAGGCUCUCGUGAAAUUGUCACAGCAAGAAAGUUUUCCCCAGGAACUAGCAGACCUUUCCAAGAGUGGUCAGGUGCAAGAUUCGUCCAGAAUAUCUCCGCUCAAUCCGCAACUUACUGAAGGCUUACUCUGCGUUGGCGGCCGGCUGAAGAACGCUGCUGUAUCGGACCGUCGGAAACAUCCCUACAUCCUGGAUCAUCGGCAUCCCUUCGCACGAGCAGUUGUAGCUUACUAUCAUCAGAAGCAUUUCCAUGCCGGUCAGCAACAAGUAGUUUCCAACGUCCGAGAACAGUUCUGGCCUACAAGCAUCAGGAAACUGACUAGACAAGUCAUCCACGAAUGCGUCAAGUGCUUCCGCGUGAAACCUAAAAUCCAGGAGCAAUUAAUGGCAGACCUACCUCCCGAGCGAGUAACGCCAUGCUUCCCCUUCCAGAAGGUUGGUGUCGACUACUGCGGACCGUUUUACGUAGUCUACCCUCAGCGUCGAGUGCAUCCGAUCAAGUGCUUUGUGGCAGUGUUCGUAUGCUUGGUUACAAAGGCAGUGCAUCUUGAGCUAUGA